CCAAGUUGUCAAAUUUUCAAAGCGACCCGAGAUCAACUAAACCCAGCGACUCCCAGACUCUCCAUUGUCACGAUGAAUCAAGCUUCUCUCCUUAUUCUCACCGCAUUAACUGUUUCAGGCUUGAUCACCUCGGCAGUGGCUGAAGGUGGCUUUUGCUCUGCUGCUCCUUCCAUCAUCCACUCGGGUUCGGAGACCAAUCAGCUUUAUUGGAAGGCCACCAAUCCUACACUUUCUCCUUCUCAUCUUCAAGACCUGCCAGGAUUCACACGAAGUGUCUUCAAAAGAGAUCAUGCUUUAAUUACACCAGAAAGUCAUGUAUUUAGCCAUUUACCCGAGUGGACCCUGACGUCAGGAGCGUAUUUGAUUACACCUGCAAUGGGCUCACACUUUGUAAUGUACAUAGCAAAGAUGGAAGAGAACUCACUUUCUGGACUUCCCCCAUAUGAUGCAGAAAGAUUUAUAUUUGUAGUUCAGGGUGCUGUGACCUUAACGAAUAUUUCUGGUACCACCCACAAAUUAAUGGUGGAUUCAUAUGCUUAUCUACCUCCUAAUUUCCAUCAUUCUAUUAGGUGCGAUGCAUCUGCUACCCUUGUGGUGUUUGAAAGAAGGCCUUCCUCUCUGGAUAAUAUACCUAAUGAGCAGAUUGUAGGUUCAACAGACCAGCAGCCACUCCUGGAAACUCCAGGCGAGGUCUUUCAACUGAGGAAGCUCAUUCCAACUUCUUUAUCAUAUGACUUCAAUAUCCAUAUUAUGGAUUUCCAGCCUGGAGAAUAUCUUAAUGUGAAGGAGGUGCAUUACAAUCAGCAUGGUCUAUUGCUUCUGGAAGGACAGGGCAUUUAUCGGUUAGGUGAUAGCUGGUACCCAGUUCAGGCAGGAGAUGUCAUUUGGAUGGCACCAUUUGUGCCACAAUGGUAUGCUGCAUUGGGUAAAACUCGGUCGCGAUAUUUGCUGUACAAAGAUGUAAAUAGGAAUCCAUUGUAGUCACAUGUAUUAUGACUCCUGAGGAUGUGUUCUAUAUAUGUGGAGACAGAUUGAUGUGUCGUAACGUAAGCCCAAUUGCUACCUUCCAUCACCUGUGAAGUAUGAACACUGAACGGUAUGUCAAUCAUAGCAGUAAUUAUAUUCUUUAGUUUCAUUUACUUGA